AUGGUCAAAUUCUCGAUGUUGGCAGCGCUGGGCGUGCUGGCGCUUUUCACAGUGGCGCGUGCGAUGCCACAACCUGGCUCCGACUCGUCUUCGGAGAUGCCGAUCGAGGCGCAUGAAUUGAUGGACGAGAUGACCUGGAACCCUAAGGCUAUGGAGGAGUCGCCCGAAAACAAUGAAAUUUGGGAGGAUGACCAUGUGAUGAGCCCAUACAAAUACUCAGAUGUGGUCCACGAUGACGAAGCAGAGUCGAUUAAAGCGGCGAAGAUGUGCGCCGAUACUGUGGUCGAAUUGAAAAUCUUAAUGUCGUUCAUCGAAACGCUAUCCUACGAGAUUCGUUAUCAAUUCUUCCCUCUGUACUGCUCACGGCUGGAAAAAAUUACUUCGUGUAUGGACGAUGUGCUCAAGGCCGCCAGAUUCGACUUCGAGAAAGACGUUUUCAUCAUCGUCAAGGCACUGGCGGACAAGUAUCCGGAUUUGGUUGAUCUGAUUUGCCAAAAUCAUGGCGAAAUGAUCUUCAAGCUGGCCGAUCCAACAACCAAGAAAUGUGUGGAAAAAUUAUGGGGCGACGUGAUGGAGCAUAUGGUACCGUUUGUUUCUGAGCCCAAGUUGAUUUCACACCUGACGCAAACUCAAUGCGAAACCUUCUCCCAACUGAGACAGUACAUCGAGGCUAAGCUGAACGUUUGCAAGGCCCCGGACCUAGUGAGCGUGUACGAUCUGUUCCAUAACACGCUGUUUAGCGUCACUACGUGCCGCAAUUACGUGUUGACAGUGUCGGAGACUGACCUUUUGGCAGUGGCGCAUGCAAUGCCACAAUCUGGUUCCGACUCGUCUUCGGAGGAUUCGGUUGAUUCCCGUGAAAUUAAGCAGGAGUCGCCCGAGACCUCUGGAUUUAUGGACGAUAUCCAUGUGACGAGCCGAAACAGCAGUGACUCAAAUGAGGCCCACGAUGGCCAGACAGAGGAGCUUAAAGCGGAGAAUAUGUGCGCGAAGACUACGGUCAAGUUGGAAAACUUAAUGUUGGACAUCGAUACGCUAUCCAACGAGACUCGUACGGCAUUCUUCUCUCAGUACUGCCCAAGGCUGGAAAGAACUGCUUUAUGUAUGAUCGAGGAUCUGAAGGCCAAAAGACCCAACUUCGAGGAAGACGUUUUCAUCAUCUUCAAGGCACUGAGGGACAACUACCUGGAUGCGGUUGAUAUGGUUUGCAAAAACGAUGGAGAAAUAAUCUUUAAGCUGGCCGAUCCGACAACCAAGAAAUGUGUGGAAAAACUAUGGGACGGCGUGAUGGAGCGUGAGGAACGGUUGAAAAUUGAGAAUGAGCAUUGGGACAUAUCAAACCUGACGAAAGCUCAAUGCGAAGCCUAUUUCGAAAUGAGGAACUACAUCGAAGAUAAGCUGAACGUUUGCAAGAUCCCGGACCUAGUGAGCGUGAACGAUCUGUUUUACAACACGCUGUUCAGCGUCACUACGUGCCGCAAUUACGUGUUGACAGUGUCAGAGGCCGACCUUUUGGCAGUGGCGCAUGCGAUGCCACAAUCUGGUUACGACUCGUCUUCGGGGGAUUUGGUUGAUACCCGUGAAAUUAAGCAUGAGUCGCCCGAGACCUCUGGAUUUAUGGACGAUAUCCAUGUGACGAGCCGAAACAGCAGUGAAUCAGAUGAGGCCCAAGAUGACCAGAUAGAGGCGAUGCUAGAGGCGAAGAUGUGCGUGAAGACUGCGUUCAACAACCGUUUCUUGUCGGACAUCGAUACGCUAUCCAACAAGACUCGUACGGCAUUCUUCUCUCAGUAG